AUGGCGCCACAGCUAGGCAUUCAGCCAUCGCUUGACACCGUUCGAGAAGUAUUGGCCACAUCAAUCAAGUCUCCCAAUCCACCAAACCUGGUGCCCGUGUACUCGUCGAUUCCUGCCGAAUUUCUCACACCGUCGAGCAUAUAUCUGAAGAUCUCCGCAAAAUCAAAGUCAAGGCUGUCGUUUCUUUUCGAGAGCGCCGCAACUACCGAGACCAUAGGACGGUACAGCUUUAUUGGUGCAGACCCUCGGAAAGUUAUCAAGACGGGCCCCGGCCAUGGCGAAGAGACCGAUCCACUACCUCUACUCGAGGAGGAGCUCGCAAAGAGCCGUGUUGCGACUGUACCCUCGAUACAACUACCUCCCCUGACCGGUGGCGCUGUUGGAUACGUUGGCUAUGACUGUGUCAAAUACUUUGAGCCCAAGACAAGACGAGAUGACAUGAAAGAUGUGCUGGGUGUACCCGAGAGUCUCUUCAUGCUCUUCGAUACAGUGGUUGCAUUGGAUCAUUUCGCGCAGGUUGUCAAGGUCAUAACAUACGUCAAGGUUCCAGAUAGCCUCGACAAUCUCGAGGCGGCGUACGAAGAAGCCAGGAGCACACUGCAAAGAUAUGUGACAAUACUGAAGGACAAGGACAUUCCGUUGCCCGAGCAAGGGCCGAUCAAGUUGGGCAACGAGUAUACAUCGAACAUUGGACGAGAGGGAUAUGAAAACCACGUCAAGGAGCUGAAAAAGCACAUUAGCGUUGGCGACAUUAUCCAGGCAGUGCCAUCGCAGCGAUUCGCAAGACCGACCUCAUUGCACCCGUUCAAUGUGUAUAGGAACCUGCGAAGCGUAAACCCAUCGCCAUACCUAUUCUUUGUCGACUGUGACGAAUUCCAGAUUGUGGGAGCCAGUCCCGAGUUGCUGGUCAAGGAGGAGCAGGGUCGCAUCAUCACGCACCCGAUUGCCGGGACUGUCAAGCGGGGCAAGACACUGCAGGAGGAUGCCGCACUUGCGGAAGAGCUCUCUCAGUCGCUCAAGGACCGAGCAGAACAUGUCAUGUUGGUGGACUUGGCUCGCAAUGACGUCAAUCGUGUGUGCGACCCACUUACCACCAGGGUGGACAAGUUGAUGGUUGUGCAAAAGUUUUCGCACGUGCAGCACCUGGUGUCGGAGGUAUCUGGCGUACUGCGACCUGGCAAGACGCGAUUCGACGCGUUCCGCUCGAUAUUUCCCGCUGGAACGGUGAGCGGAGCGCCCAAGGUUCGCGCCAUGGAACUCAUCGCCGAGCUGGAGAGGGAGAAACGCGGUGUGUACGCCGGCGCAGUGGGCUACUUUGGCUACGGCAGUGUUGAUGGCGAUAAAGAAAUUGAAGGGGCCAUGGACACAUGCAUUGCGCUAAGGACAAUGUUGGUCAAAGAUGGCAUCGCCUAUCUCCAAGCAGGGGGAGGCAUAGUGUUUGAUUCGGACCCAUACGAUGAGUGGAUGGAGACUAUCAACAAGUUAGGCGCGAACACGCAUUGCAUCACGUCAGCGGAAGAGAAGCAUCUGGCCGAGCAGAGUGAGGGCGAAGGGGCCUAG